AUGUUGAUGGCAGGACAAAGGGGCACCUGGACCAUGGACAACGUGGUAGAGAAGAGUUUGGAAGGGCCCCUGGCACCUUCUACAGAUGAGCCCUCCCAGAAAAGGGGAGACCUGGUAGAAAUCUUAAAUGGGGAUAAGGUAAAAUUUGACGACACUGGACUGUCCUUAAUUCUGCAGAAUGGCCUGGAGACCCUCCGAGUGGAAAAUGCUCUGACAGAUGUCAUCUUGUGUGUGGACAUUCAGGAAUUCUCCUGCCACCGCGUGGUGCUUGCCGCGGCCAGCAACUAUUUCAGGGCCAUGUUCUGCAAUGAUUUAAAGGAAAAGUAUGAGGAGAGGAUCAUCAUCAAAGGGGUCGACGCAGAGACCAUGCACACUCUUCUGGACUACACGUACACCAGCAAGGCUCUGAUCACCAAGCAGAACGUCCAGCGGGUCCUGGAAGCUGCUAACCUUUUCCAGUUCCUGCGGAUGGUGGAUGCCUGUGCGAGCUUCCUCACAGAAGCCUUGAACCCAGAAAACUGUGUUGGAAUACUGAGGCUGGCAGACACACAUUCCUUGGACAGUCUAAAGAAGCAGGUUCAAAGUUACAUCAUCCAGAACUUUGUGCAGAUUCUGAACUCCGAAGAGUUCCUUGAACUUCCUGUGGAUACUCUGUACCACAUCUUGAAGAGCGAUGACCUUUAUGUGACAGAAGAGUCUCAGGUGUUUGAGACUGUGAUGAGCUGGGUCAGGCACAAACAGUCAGAACGACUCUGCUUGCUUCCCUAUGUCCUGGAGAACGUGCGUUUGCCGCUUCUGGACCCAUGGUACUUUGUGGAGAUGGUGGAAGCGGAUCCUCUCAUCAGGCAAUGCCCAGAGGUCUUCCCGCUGCUACAGGAAGCCAGGAUGUACCACCUUUCUGGCAAUGAGAUCAUUUCGGAGCGCACCAAGCCCAGGAUGCAUGAGUUCCAGUCUGAGGUGUUCAUGAUCAUCGGUGGCUGCACGAAGGAUGAACGGUUUGUGGCAGAGGUAACCUGCCUGGAUCCUCUGAGGCGCAGCCGCCUGGAGGUGGCCAAGCUCCCCAUGACAGAGCACGAGCUGGACAGUGAGAAUAAGAAGUGGGUGGAGUUUGCAUGCGUGACGUUAAAAAAUGAGGUCUACAUCUCAGGUGGCAAAGAAACACAGCACGAUGUUUGGAAAUAUAAUUCUUCAAUCAACAAGUGGAUUCAAAUUGAGUAUUUGAACAUAGGCCGCUGGAGGCAUAAGAUGGUGGUGCUUGGGGGCAAGGUCUAUGUGAUCGGAGGUUUCGAUGGCUUGCAGAGGAUCAACAACGUGGAGACCUAUGACCCCUUCCACAACUGCUGGUCAGAGGCUGCGCCCCUCCUUAUCCAUGUCAGUUCCUUCGCAGCCACCAGCCAUAAGAAGAAGCUCUACGUGAUUGGGGGAGGCCCCAAUGGGAAACUGGCCACGGACAAGACUCAGUGUUACGACCCUUCAACCAAUAAGUGGAAUUUAAAGUCGACCAUGCCAGUAGAGGCUAAAUGCAUCAAUGCAGUGAGUUUCCGGGACCGUAUCUAUGUGGUUGGAGGGGCCAUGAGAGCGCUGUACGCCUACAGCCCUCUGGAGGACAGCUGGUGCCUGGUGACCCAGCUCAGCCACGAGAGGGCUAGCUGUGGCAUCGCGCCCUGCAACAACCGGCUCUACAUCACUGGGGGGCGGGACGAGAAGAAUGAGGUCAUCGCCACGGUGCUGUGCUGGGACCCCGAGGCCCAGAAACUGACGGAGGAGUGCGUCCUGCCCCGGGGGGUGUCGCACCACGGCAGUGUCACCAUCAGAAAGUCGUACACCCACAUUCGGAGGAUCGUGCCUGGAGCUGUGUCGGUCUGACUGCGGGUGCGCGGCGGGCAGAGCCACGCGGGGAACCCUCCUCCCUCUCCCCCCCUCAUCGGUCCCUCUAAAGCAGCGAGCGGGGCUGGAGUUCCAGGCCGUGCAUACAUCAGGGGCUCACCGCGGCUCCCCAUGGCGGCUCCUUGGAAGUCACAGCUUUGGGACUUGAGACCAGCCAGGACUGUCUGUGAGACCUACCUCAGGAGGAAAGAAGAGUAAUACUUGACAUUCAAGACACACCUGUCCCAUGCCAGGUUCGAUACCGGGCACUUUUGUAUACCAAUGCCUUUAACCGUCAAAUGACCUGGUGACUGGAUUUUAUUACUCCCGUUCUACAGGUGAGGAAACCGAGUUUAAGAGAGGCUAAGUGAUUUGCCCCAGGUCAGUCAGAUUACAAGUUAGCUAAACCAGGAGUCUAAACCCAGAUCUUCCAAUUUCAAAGUUAGUGUAGGUUCUGUCAUGUUGUCUAUCUCAGAACAUGAAAAAAAACAAAACAGCUCAUUUUUGUUCUGACAAGUUUGCUAAAGGAUUCACUCAGCAAGGCAGGGAAAUAAAGGUGCUUCUUUUUUUCUUUUCUUUUUUCCCUUAUAUUUAAACCAUUUGGGAUCUUUGGUGUGGAAACCUUGGGCCCCUUGUCAAGAGCAUCUCAUAGGUUGUUCCAUCUGACAGUUCUGGGGAGAUAGGUCUGGGAAGACCUGUUUGCUAUGAAAAAUGUAUAAGACUUCUGUCCUCCCCAUCAGAAGCCUCUAUUUUUUAUGAUCACAGGAGGCCCAUUGUGGACUGGAACUGUCAUCGCUGGACAGAACUGUACCUUCAGCCACAGCCCAGUGCCCUAGCCUCUUAAUGUCCAACAAUUGUACUGCAAUGUAGAAAAGGUUUUUGCAGAGACUCAGAAUACCGUUUUUGUUUUUCUGGGGCGGGGGGGAGGGUUGUUUUUGUUUUUGUUUCUUCAGUGUAAACAUCCUUACAUUGCUGGCCACUGUUGAAUGACUGGCUCUUCUUGACAGCAUACUUUCUACUUUUUAGACAGUGAUUUGGGUCCAUGUCCCUGUGACCCCACCCUCCUGGAACCUUUGUUUUCAGGAUCCUUUCAAUCCCUUCUAUUUGGUUUUUGGAUCAGCUUGGCAUAGUUUUGACUCAAAGAACAGCGUCUGUUCUUCACUCUAAGAGAUGGAGCUUUCAUAUGAGCUCACUGGAAAUUCAUUCUAAUCCCCAAAUUGGGGACACAGAUUAAGAGAUCCUGUUUCAUAUGCUGUACUUAAAAAGCAAUAACAGGGGCUUCCCUGGUGGCACAGUGGUUAAGAAUCCUCCUGCCAAUGCAGGGGACGUGGGUUCGAGCCCUGGUCCCGAGACACCCCACAUGCCGCGGAGCAACUAAGCCCGUGUGCCACAACUACUGAAGCCUGUGCACCUAGAGCCCGUGCUCCGCAACGAGAAGCCACCGCAAUGAGAAGCCUGCGCACUGCAAUGAAGAGUAGCCCCCGCUCGCCCCAACUAGAGGAAAAAGCCCGCGCACAGCAACGAAGACCCAACGCAGCCAAAAAAACCAACAACAACAGCAACAACAGUGGUAAUAACAUAGUAACUGCAUUACUUAAUGUCCUAUAUUUUCACCAUAUGAUUUCAAAUCUCUUUAUAGAGUUUUAUUUCAUGUCAGAUGUGCCAUUGUGUGCUUGUACUUCUUAGCAGUUUGGGAAGGUAUUACAGUUGAUAGUGAAUUUAACUUUCAUAGAAAAGUUAUGGUUAGAAGGAGGUACAGUUCAAAGCAUAUAAAAAGACUUGGAAAAUUACAACUGAGAUUUCUAUUUAGGCUUAGAUCAUUGAGGAUAAAUAUAAAUGCAUGUUGGUGUUUGAAAAGCUCUGUGCCUUAGAGUUCAGCUCCUUGCUGUGAAAAGUGAGAUGGGAAAAUACAAACACAUUUGUGGGAAUUUAGAACACAUACCUCACUCACAAACACGGAUAACCUUAAUGAAGCUCUCAAGUGAAACAAUUUAAUCUACUUCAAUUCAGCAAACAUUCCAGGAAAUUUUUGUUUGGCAAGCCUUGGGGACUCCAAAGAGCAAGACCAAUCCCCACCCUAGAAACACUUGAUAAACUGGUAAACAGGCCACUUGGUCAAUAUUAUAGUUUUUCUUUUCAUCAAGUUAGAGAAAAUGAGACGUAUAUGAAGUUAUGAGGUUGCAUCCAGGUCUUUAUUGACCUUCCAAGUGAUCUCCUUGGGAAGCUGUGCUCUUCGGUCAGUGAUGUGGCCAUUGUUUACAUAUUUGUUUUUCUUUGAGAUCGCCUUCAGAAACCACUUCUGGGCUAUAGGAGAUAUCAGUCGUAUUUCAAAGACAACUUCAGGAAAGAACUUUCAAAGAGGAAGUUCAAUGACAGCAUCAUUGGCAACACAGAGAGCCUCCCUUCAGAAAGAGUGUGCUCCUUGUCCUGGUGGUCCUUUGAUAAGAGCAAUUGGCAAAUUUUGAGCCCAAAUUUUCAGCAGGUUAACCCUAUGCUGGGAAACUGAGGAUUUAGGAUCUCUGUGUUAUAAAUCUGGUUCUCAGUGCAAGGGUUCUCAAUAACGGCAUGGGUUGGCAGACAGAUACACCUACUAAGAAGAUCCAGAGUUCUGCACUUGAAGCUGCCGGUCUGUAACUUUUAGGGACGUAAAGAAUUUCAAGUCAUUUUUGGGAAACUUUAUAUCAUCAGGAUUUAAGUCUCUAGGCAGUAGCCAGGGAUGGAAUCUCUUAAAAUCUAAUUUCCAUUCUGAGAUGAACAAACAAACAAACAAAAAUCAAGUUUGCAGGAAGUUAACUGUCAUAAGCCAUACUACCAACAGGGGGAUGAGGCAGGUUGGUGCCAGAUGAGCCGGAGACAAAGGGCCCUAGGACUCAGGCAGGGUGUGUAGGAUGUCCUGGCACAGCAGACUGGAUCUUGAGGCAGGUCCCAUGAGUGGAUAGAGUACCCCUGACUGGGAGGAAGGGGAUGAGGUAGGAAGAGGAGAAAGUCAGGUUUAAGGACACAGGUCUAGAAAAUGAUGUCAGGGACCCUGGAGUUUGUGAGCGUGACUCCAUUUUCAAGAAGUGUGAGGGGAGAAUAAGGAACAAGCGUUCCAGGCAAGUGGGUUCCAGGAGGAAGCCCACUUCUUAGAAGUGAGGCAAAGUUAGAGCAGGACUAGCCAUCAGACCCAUUUGCUGUGGGGCCUCUGAGCUGCUUGGCUGGGUCUCUUAUCAUUCUGGACCAAGAGAGAGCGAGGCCCAGAGGCUCUGAUGAGGUGGAAUCUGUUGGGGAGGUUAAGGGGCCCCAGUUGCCAAGGCUGAUCUGAAAUGGAUGGGGAGCUAAGCUCACCCAAACAUCAACAGAUAAAUGUUCUCUUCUUAGCUUUCAUCACAUUCUGCAUACACUGGCUUCAGGAAACAGACACACAGGCACACAGAGCUCUUGAACUGAAAGAAACUGUGCUCUCAGGGAAAUGCAAAUAUUUGCUUAUAGCUAUGAAAGUAUAGCUUUGCUAUUUAUAAAAGCCCUUGAGGUACUGCUGUUAUUUACUUAUCCUACUUGAUUUUGAGAAAGAAAGUACUCAGUAAAAUUUUCAAAGUGGGUAAACACCACUGGAAUUUCUUAUAUAAAGUCCAAACUUGGGGUUGCAAAGUCCUUUUUUCCCUUAGUAUCUGAUCUGGGUAUUGUAUGAGAUCUUCUAAUUUGAAGAGUCAACCUUCAUGGAAAUCGACAAAUAUCUCAAACAUGGCUACUGCAAAACCAAUUCUGACAGGUCAGAUUUUCAUAUUUAUAGAUAAAAAUAUCAACACUUAGUUAACCAAAUCCUUUAAGCAUUUUGGUUACGUGAGGUUGUAUUU